CUAUGCGGCGUGAUAAGCCUUGAAAUGCGUGAGAGUGGCAGUGGUGCUCGUUGACGAUUUGAUAACUGUUACACAGUCGUGAAUGAUUUUCUUGGCGUGGCAUUUUUGGAUAUUAGUGUCAGAAUGCAUGAGCGACUUCUUCCAGCUUCUCCAAACUGGUAUUGCUCCCGGUCCAGUGACAUAAAUAGCAAAGGAGUUUUUGGCUUUGCUGCUAAAAACACUAUAUAUUUAAUCAGUGUAACCGAAUCCUCGACUGCAGUAGUGGGUGAAUUGGCAGGCCACAGAGAGAGAGUAUCGGGCUUUACGUUCUGCCACCAUCCCGGUCAAGAAAAUGUAUGUGCAAGUGCCUCUGACGACGGAACGGUUAAAAUCUGGGACAUCGAGCAAAAGGUUUCACUGAAAGACCAUAAAGCUCACCAGAGCACAAUCACAGCCCUCCACUGGUCUCCAGUCCAGAAGGACUUGGUGGUUUCUGGUGAUGAAAAGGGCAUCAUCAUCUGCUACUGGCACAACAGGAAUGAGACUCUCAGCUUCUUUCCAGAGCCCAGAAACAUCUUCUGCCUGUCUUGCUCUCCUCAUAAUGAAAAUCACAUUGCAGUGGGCUACAAAGAUGGGAUGAUCAUAGUCAUGGACAUCAGUAGGAAAAACGAGGUGGUCCAUCGCUUAAGAGGCCAUGAUGACGAAGUUCACGGCCUCUCCUGGAGCCCUCAGCCCGGCGAGGAACUGCUGUACAGUCGCCUUGGGGAGAGCCCAGAGGCAAGCAGUGAGGUGUCAACUGGUGUUGAGACAGGCUGCUAUCUGGCUUCGGGGAGUAAGGACCAGACCGUCCGGAUCUGGAGCACCGCAAGGGGGAAAGGUGUGAUGACCCUUAAGCUGCCCUCCCUGAAACGCAGGGGCGUCGGAGUCGACCCAGGAGUCAAGGAGAGACUCUGGCUGACGGUGCACUGGCCCAAGGGGAGGCCGACGCAUGUCGUCUCCAGCUGCUUCGGGGGCGAGCUGGUGAUUUGGGAUCUCGCCAAAUCGGGCAAGCAGAAGUGGAGCCUCCUGGGGGCGGCGGCCGACAACCAGGCGCACAGUCGCAUCGUCUUCAACAUGAGCUCCGUGUGCCUGGGGGAGCACCGACUCCUGCUCAGCACCUCCAUGGACAGGGAGAUUAAAUGCUGGGACCUGGAAACCAUGGAGUGCUGCUGGACGUUGCCCACCCUAGGGGGCUUCGUGUACACGCUGACCUUCUCCCCGGUGGGCACGGGCUGCCUGGCCAUGGGGGUGGGGGACAGUAUGAUCCGCGUGUGGAACACGCUCUCCGUCACCAACAAGUACGACACGAAGACCUUCUGGCAGGGCGUCAAGUCCAAAGUUACUGCCUUGUCUUGGCACCCAGCAAAAGAAGGAUCGUUGGCGUUCGGGACCGAUGACGGCAAAGUUGGCAUUUACGACGUUUUCUCAAACAAACCACCACAGAUAUCCAGCACUUACCAUCGCAAGACCGUGUACACGUUGGCAUGGGGUCCCCCUGUCCCCCUUCUGCCUGGGCCGGACGAGCCCCCCUUCAGCCUGUACAGCUGUGCUGGGGAGGGCAUCAUCUUCCAGCACAACCCCUGGAGGUUGGCGGACGAGGCCGUCGACAUCGACGGGAUCAUCCGCAGAACCAACAACAUCAAGCACAAGCUGUCCCCCCACACGGAUCUCAGCUGGAAGCCAGACGGCAAAGUACUGGCGAUCGGGAACGAGGAUGGGUCCGUAGACGUGUACCAGGCCCCAGCUCUGCGGCUCCUCUGCAGCGUGCAGCAGCACCACAAGAUCAUUAACGUGCUGCGUUGGCACCACGAGCACGCCGGCCAGCCUGGCGUGGGGCACCUGCUGGCGUCGGGCUCCAGCAACGCCGUGGUCUACGUGCACGACCUGCAGGCCGUCGUUGAGUCCCCCCCCGAGAGCCCCGUCCUGAUCACGGAGGCCUUCCGCAGCCUGACAGGACACACCGCGAAGAUCACUGGCCUGGCCUGGAGCCCCCACCACAGCGGGCGUCUGGUGACUGUCUGCUAUGACGGCACUGCCCAGGUGUGGGACGUUCUGGGCGAGGAGCCCGUGCGCAACUACAGGGGCCACCAUGGCCGCCUCCUGUGUGUGCAGUGGUCCCCGGUGGACCCAGACGUGGUCUGGACCGGUGGCGACGACUUCACCGUGCAGGAGUGGGCCGUGUCCAAGCAGGAGCACACCCGACCCCCCCGAGGUAAAAAAGGCAUGGAGCUGGAGAAGAAGAGGGCACUGCAGCCCAAAAGCAAAACCAAGAAGAAGAAGCCUGCAGAUAAGGGGCCGGCCAGGACGGAGGAAGCGGAAACCCCGAACGGGCAAGAAGAGAGAGCUGGAGGAGAGAGGCCGUCGGACAACGACGAGGCUGAAUGUGAGGCCGUCGACAAGCUAGCCCUCUCGGCAGUGAAGGAGCCCAAUGGCCUGGCAGACAGAGGCGUCCCGGAGAAACUGCAGAAUGGAGGGAAGCCUCCCCCCUUCGCCAAGAAGGAGAGCAGGGAUGACAAAAGACGAGAGAGACCAGAGACCCUCCUGAAGAAGAGAAAGGGACGCUCCAUCCUUCCCCUGAGCACCUCCAUGGACCACCGGCCCAAGGAGGAGCUCCAAGAGGACUGCUUGACGCUGGCUGCCGUCAGGCACUCGGAAGCAGUGCCCAGUCAAUGCCUACCCGGAUCGGGAGAGCAUCUGCAUCUGGGCCUGUUUGCGGACAGGCAAGCGCUCUACAGGAUGUUCCAGGAAGAAGGGCAGAGUCACGUAGAGGGAGGUCACUAUGACUCUGCCAUCUACCUGCUGCUGUGGAAGGGGGACAUCACGGGGGCACUGCAGCUGGCUACCGACAGAGGAGAACUCACUGACCAUCUGGUCUCCAUGGCUCCCAUAGCUGGUUACCAGGUGUGGUCCAGGACGGUGGAGGCCUUCGCCAAGCAGCUGAGCUUCCAGGAGCAGUUCGUGAAGGCCGCCUCGUAUCUCCUUUCCAUCAACAGAGUUUACGAGGCCAUCAACCUUCUCAAGUCUCACAGCCUUUACAGGGAGGCCAUAGCAUUGGCUAAAGCCAGACUGCAGCCUGAUGACCACGUGCUCAAAGACCUCUACACUACCUGGGCAGCUGUGCUCGAGAAGGACGGCCAUUACUCCACCGCUGCCAAGUGCUACCUCGCGGCAGACUGCCCCUUCGAGGCGGCGAAGGUCAUUGCCAAGAAGGGGGACAUCGCCUCGAUGAAGACCGCCGCUGAGCUGGCGAGGAUCGUGGGGGAGAAGGAGCUGGCGCAUUCCCUCGCCCUGAGGUGCGCCAAAGAGCUGCUGGCAGCUCAGGAUUGGCUGGGGGCCCAGGAAGUGCUGAGAAGCCAAGACAGCUUAUUGGGACACCAGUUAUUGUUCUGCACCAAUGAGCUACUUCUCGUCAGGCUGGCUGGAACCAAUGGGAUCGGUCCAAGCUCCAGCCCCACCCACAGCUGGUCGGUGCCUCAUGCCCAGAGCUUCCUUGAAAAUGUGAAGGACGUGUGGGAACAGGAGUUUGGUGUCUCGCCUGACGAAAUGGAGAAAAUGCGUGCAGUCCACAGCCAGCUUAAGGCAUUAGAGAAUCCCUCUGUGGCCAGUAGUGUCACCAUGAAGCAGCUGCUGUUCCACGUGUCCCUGGACAUGACACACUGCGUGCUGAGCUGGUUGCUGGGAGACUGGGGGGCGGGGCUGGAGGAGCUGCUGGGGGCAGUGGCCAGAAGUGGGGACGUGGGGAGCUUCUGCCUGAUGUCUGAUGUCUGUCGGCUGCUCUUUCCCCAAGGCAUCGAAUCCAUCUCCCAGUACAAAGCCAAGCUGGAUCCCAGUGAUGAGCAGGGCACGGCUGUCGCGAGGGGCCUGGAGGCCUUCCUGAGCUACGUGCAACUGUAUGCAGUGUGGUGGGCCAGCAGCGGUACCACUGAGACCUCUGCUGGUUCUCUUCUGGAGAACAGGCUGGAGGGAGGUCCGGAUGUGGAAUCCGGUUCAGAAGUGGGACCCGGCCUGGACUUCUGCCAGACCCUGCUAUCGGAGCCCCAUGCCUCCUUCCAAGCCACGCAGAGAGCUAUAGCUGAGGUUCAGCGGAGGCUGUCCAGCAUGGUCCAGCAGCACACCCAGACCCAGAAGUCCCAGGGCACCGCCGGGGACUCUGAGUGCGGAGAAGCCCCAGAGCAGAGCUCGGAGUCCCUGCCGGCCUUGAUCGCCCGGGUGUCGGAGCACCGCAAGGAGCUGGCCGCUCUGCCUGACCACCUGAAAAAUAUUCCCUUCCCCGAGGUCGUCGAAUGCUGCCUUGUUCUCCUGUACAUGGCCAGGACUCUCCACACUGUCCCUCCCCAGCUGACAGACCAAGCACUCCAGCUGCUACGCAAACACGGACCUGCUGUUUACCCCAAAGCCUCCCAGAAUGCCUUAGCGGACUACCAGCAAUGCUCUGCUCUUAUGACGCAGACCAAUAAUGUCUAACUGUCCUUUUUUUUUAUUAUGAUGACAUAUCUAUGUUUAGUAUGAGCAGAAUAAAAUUGUAGAUGGGGGGGGCUGCCAGCCUGGGCCCCCCCCCUGCCCCUGGGGGGGAACGUCA